UUGUACUAUUCUUCCAGUUCCCGACGAUCAGCGAGUUAAGUUUAUUUCGAAAAAUGAAGAAAAUGAUCGAUAUCCUAUUCUUGAUAUUGGUGGUUCUCCCUAAUCCUAUUGAAUUGGUUUUUAUUGACGAUUCUUUGAGAAGCAAGCCAGAUGUUCCCCCAAUUCCUCUUGGUAUUUAUGGUGUCCGUGAUCCUGACGGUCAUAUUCUGCAUUUAAAUGGUAAAAUUCAUGAUGCAAUUAAACAGGGUGAUUUCAUCGUUGGACUUCUCGGCAGAAUUAAAGAAAAUGACGUAUUAAUACCAUAUGUAAAUACUUUUGGUAGAUUUGUUAAAAUGAAUCUUAAUAGUAAGAGUCCGGUAGUAGUAACAGAAGUGGACCCUGUGUUUAGUCGUUACUACAAUAAAAUUGACUGGACUCGAUCCCAUAUUGUUCCAGUAAAAUAAUUCAAGUGAAUGGCAUUUCCAAAUUUUCUGAUUCCUACCUUACCGACACUUUUUAAGGAAAACUUCUGGCCACGAUAAGUGAGGAAUCUAUUGGAUAACUUGGGAAGUUGAAGAAAAGGCACAAAUCACAAAAGAAUUAUGGUCCUAAGUGUGAAAAACAUACAAAAGGAAAUUUGUUCCUUAUUUUUUAAUUUAUAAAAGUUAAGGACCAUUGAUCUAUUUCUUUGUGUCUUUAUUUAAUUUACAAAAAUUUUAACAUGGUUUCUAAUUUUUUCAGGGUGUAAAAAUAUUUAAAAAGAAAUUUCGUUAA